AUGCUGGCUUGUCUUUAGAGGAGACCCAAAGACCUCUAUUACACAUCCAAACGUAAUAAAAAUAUAUCGGAACAGAAACCACUUGAGAUCGUGCGAAUAGCAUCACACAGAAAUUUAUAUUAUGUUUUUGUAGAGAAGAUAUAGAUUCCAGUAUGAAAACGGUUUUUAACGUUGAAGCAUCGAUAUCGAAUUCAGUCCUGUCGUUAAUAAAAGCUUAAGCAGAAAAUUUAAAGAGAAAAAAUUUUAUUAGACAAACUUCGGUGUGUUUAUUCAGUGUUACAUGUCUAUUUGUUUGGAGUGAUUUAGAAAAAAAAAAAACAUUUAAAAGAUCAAUUAACUGAUUGUUUUGUUUGAUCAUAAUUUUCUUUUAAUUAAAUUUAAACAAUGGCUCGUUUAUUAGUGCUACUGUUUUGUAUAUCAAUUGCGACAACUCAAAGAAAUGGAAAUAUUGUCAAAGAUCGUGGCGCGCCAAGUCCAGAUGAACUUCGGGAAAUUCAACGGCAAAAUAAAAUCACAGCCCAGAUUUUAGAGAAUUUUCUCGAACGGCGACUAUUCCCGAACAAAAGACCAACACAUAAGCUGCCCACAUUACACGAUAUCCUGCCGAAAUCGGCUGUCGAUGUAAAAGCCCAAGAGCAUCGAGUACCAAUCAAACGGAAUAAUAACGAUUACAACAUUGACGGUGACAAUGACGAUCCCGAGUAUCAGGAUUUGGACCGAGAUCCCGAAUCACUGCAAAGUGUGGAAUCGGAACACGUGGACUCGUAUUAUGAUGAUUUUCUGGCAAUUAAACAAGAAAUACUGAACGACCAGACCUGCGCCAGCCAUGUGGAUUGGUCGAUGCCGUUAUUAAAGUUUGGUGAAAAGCGCUAUUAUUUGGGAGUGUUUUUCAAGGCAAACUGGUAUAAGGCAGCCCAAUAUUGUCGAUUCCAUGGCAUGCAUUUGGCUAGCAUUUCUUCACAAGAAGAGAAUGACAAUCUGGAGAAACAUAUCAAAGACUUCGGCUUCGGUAACGACCAUUUCUGGACGUCUGGAACUGAUUUAGCCGAUGAAGGAAAUUUCUUCUGGAUGGCUAAUGGACGUCCGAUAACAUUCACCAACUGGAAUGCUGGCGAACCGAACAAUUUCCGAUACGAAAAUGGCGAAGAAGAAAAUUGCAUGGAACUGUGGAAUCGGGACGGUAAAGGAUUGAAAUGGAACGAUUCGCCGUGCAGCUUCGAAACAUAUUUCGUGUGCGAAGUUCAAUAAUAUUGUAAACGUUCACACACCUUUUCCCCCUUUUAUGUAAAGUGCCAGACAUUUCAAUUUUGUUUUUGUUAUACAACUUGCAUUUAGACCCGAUAUAAUAGACGAAUGACCGAGAUUCUGACAGGAAAAAAAGAAGAUUAAAUAGCGGUAGACGUUGUAGGACCGAGGAUUUAAAACUAAUUAAUUUAUUAACAUUGAUUGUAAGGUGGGAUGGUUUCCAUAUAGUCAAAGCUGGAAUGAAGAAAUCGCCGAUACGGCUGUAA